AUGGCCUCCCGCCCGCGGCUCCCGCCGCAGCCCUCGGCCUCGAAGACUCAGGACCUUGCCGGGGGCGUGCCUGUGCGGGGCCGCCCGGCUCCCCGCGCCGGUUCCGCCCGCUGCACGCCCCACCCCCGCCCCCGACGCCGCUGUGGGGCCGCCGACCACGCCCCCUCCGCCCCCCCGCCGCCCCCGCCGCCCCCGCCGCCCCCAGUCCCGAGCCAGCCCUAUCUGGUGCCAAGCGACUGGGGAGGCGUCGUGGACGAGCGCCAGCUGGAUGCCCACCUGACGCAGGCCCUGGGCCGCGAGGCGCGCCUGUGGCAGGGCGGCCAAAUCCAGGUACCGGUCCCCGCGUCGGGCCUUCCUGGGAGCGUGUUCAUCCCCGUCCUCACGCGCACACGGUUCGCGGCCGGGUCCACUUGCACCCGCGCUCAGCAGGUGGAGAUGUGCAAAGCCUUCGAGGGAGUCGUGUUGUGGCUCCUGAGAGUUGAGAAUAUCUUUGGCUUCUCCCAGACCACUUUUAACCUGGCUCUCACUAUCUUCAGCCGCUUCAUACUUUCAGUAAAGGUAAAAAGGCGUUUAUUCCAUUGUGUCACAAUUACUUCCCUGAGACUUGCUGCCAAAGUUAAUGAAGAAGAGGAGGUAUGGGUCCCUGGAAGUUCAUUCCAGGCUACUUUUGAGGGAUAUGGGUGUAUAACACUGGAAGUUUCCUGUAGGGUCUGUGCCCUUGGGAAUGCGCAUCCUGGAAAAGUCAUUACCUUUCCAGGAUCUCAACUGUCCCUUCCUUAGGCUCGUCAGAUGCUGGGACCCCACAAAUGGGGAAUUAGAAGAGCUGAAUUCUCCUGGUCCAGCAAACCCAGAGGGCUUACCUCCUGGCAGAUUUAUCUUGCCUCAUGGGUUGAUGCAGGAUGCCACUUCCCACUUAGCAGAAGAAAAAGGCCAUAUGGCCAAAGCAUAUGGCCAAAUGGCCACCCCCAGACACUACACCUAAGAAAGCUGCUUAAGGACUUGGCUGUGUCCCUGGUUUUCAGGGACUAUGGGACCAUUCUCCCAGAAGGCCAGGAGGGCCAUGUGCAGUGGGUGGAGAAGAAGCCCCCAGAAAGGCUUCACCUUGCUUGAACUUCUGUUUCACUGUGGCUUCUGUUCAGGAGAGAAUCCUGAACUUUCUGAGGCCUCUGUCUCUCCCUCCCUCCAACUUCUCCUCCUUUGGGGAUAUGGAACCCCUGCUAUUUCUACAAGGUCUCACCCUGAGAUUGGCCAAUCUCAGGGUCUAAGCAGGCAGAAAGAGUCUCCUGUGUGUCCAGUUCCAAAUCUUUGGGAAAAAAAAUUUAAAUCCUGUUUGUUAGAAUAUAAUGUAAGCCUCCCCCCAAGAUGUUUUGUCCAACUAAAAAUCAAGUAAAUAACCUUUAUAAAAGAACUGUUCCUAGAGGUUGUAGUAAGAUUUUGUUAAUUGAAAAAAAAAAAGUAGGACGAAGUCUUUGAUGCACUUGGUACUUGAAUGUUUAUUCACAGACAAACUUUUGUAGUCUAUGUGGAAAAAAGUCAGUUUUUCUGGGACUGACCUGCCUUCAAUAAAGGCAGAAAGGAAUGUGUUUGUACCUAUGGUGUUGCCAAAACCCUGCGAGGUUUUAUCAGCGUCUCUUUCUCAUAGAGAGAAAGGCAUACCCUCUAUGACAAGGAAUUACGGUAGGUCUGGAGAUGGAGAAUGGGUUGAGGCCACAGCUGGAAAGCUUUGAGUGCGUUCUUGCAGCUGAAUGGGGGAGACAGCACAGCCCCAGCCUGCAAGGCACCUUCGGGUAUGAGCUGGAAUGCAGUUGGGGAUCAAGACCUGUUGGCAGCAGGCGGCCAUGUGAUAGUCACUACACAUUGUCCCAACGACCUGGGGACUUGACAGAUAGCCAAGAUCUGGUUUGGUUUUUCUUCUGGAAGCAUUUUUCUGUGGUGGGUCACUGGCAGACCACUCUCCUAGGGUCAUGGAUGCCCAAUCCCCAAGGAAAGGAAAACAAAAGCUACCAUGACAUGGUGUAGGGC